GAGCCGCGCGAGCUCUGCGCUGGUACGUUUCUACUGCUCUAAUCCGAAUCCCAAUCCCCCGUGAGUCCGUGACCGUUCCAUUUCAGCUCUCCUCCCUCACCUCACCCUCGUCGCCUCGCCUGCUCCGGAGACGGUUCCAGCGCCCGUCUUACUUGCUAGGUCCCAAACAUCCAGAGAUGGCAGCUUUCACAUCUCCAGUUCUCUGCAACUUCAUGACCACCCCACAGAACCUGCUGCCUUCACCGAACAACAGCACAAAACAACCCCUGCAUCUGAGCUUUUCAAGGAGCAUGCCUACACUGCCUGGCUUCAGAGCAGCAUCCCGAGACAUUCGCGUCGCCGCCGUCUACAAGGUGAAGCUCGUCGGCCCCGAGGGGCAGGAGAGCGUGAUCGACGUGCCGGAGGACAGCUACAUCUUGGACGCGGCCGAGGAGGCUGGUGUGGACCUGCCUUACUCCUGCCGCGCCGGCGCGUGCUCGACGUGCGCCGGCAAGGUCCUGGAGGGCGCCGUCGACCAGUCGGACCAGUCGUUCCUCGACGACGCUCAGGUCGGUGCCGGGUACGCGCUCACCUGCGUCGCGUACCCGACGUCCAACUGCGUCAUCCACACGCACAGGGAGGCUGACCUGUACUGAGCCAGUAGUCCCAUGCACGCAUCACCCACUUCCAUAGCUCCAUUCAAAUUCAAUCUUGAGUGCUUGGCGAUGUGAUUCGCACUUGUGCUUGUCGUUACAGCUUAGCUAGGACUACUUAAUCGUCGUCGCGCACUUGAUUUGGCAUGAGCAAGCGUACGCUUUUCUUCU